GUCACAUGUUGUAGUUACGCUCCCAUCCAAAUGUAGAGUCAACCGGUAAACACAGCUAGUUAGGAAGACAAGCACAUAACUGCACAUCAGAACAGCUAGUUGGUUAUUUUGAUACCCUGAAACACUCCACGCAAAUAUGUCCGAAUGCACCGAACCGUCCACCAGCACAGGCGCGAACGGAGACGUGAGAAAGCAGAGGAAGGUGGCUGUAAUCACAGGCAUCACUGGACAGGAUGGCUCAUACCUGGCUGAGUUCCUGCUGGAGAAGGGCUAUGAGGUUCAUGGUAUCCUGCGUAGAUCCAGCUCUUUCAACACUGGUCGUAUUGAGCACCUAUAUCAGAACCCCCAGACCCACACCGAGGGAAGGUUUGGAUCCUAUAGUGGCUACAUGAAAUUGCACUAUGGUGAUCUGACAGACAGUACUUGUCUGGUGAAGAUCAUCAACCAGGUCAAACCUACAGAGAUCUACAACCUGGGUGCCCAGAGCCAUGUCAAGAUCUCCUUUGAGCUGGCGGAGUACACUGCUAAUGUGGAUGGUGUCGGGACCCUGCGGCUGCUGGACGCCAUAAAGACCUGCGGUCUGACCGACAGCGUCAAGUUCUACCAGGCAUCCACCAGUGAACUCUACGGCAAGGUCCAGGAGAUCCCUCAGAAAGAGACCACACCAUUCUACCCACGCUCACCUUAUGGCGCUGCUAAGCUCUAUGCCUAUUGGAUCGUGGUGAACUUCAGGGAGGCCUACAACCUGUUUGCUGUGAACGGGAUCCUCUUCAACCAUGAGAGCCCCAGGAGAGGAGCAAACUUUGUAACACGAAAGAUCAGUCGAUCUGUGGCAAAGAUUCACCUAGGCCAGCUGGAGAGCUUUAGCCUGGGAAACCUGGACUCCAAGAGAGACUGGGGCCACGCCAAGGACUAUGUCGAGGCUAUGUGGAUGAUGCUUCAGUGUGAGAAGCCAGAGGACUUUGUCAUAGCCACAGGGGAGGUCCAUAGUGUUCGGGAGUUUGUGGAGAAGUCCUUCAGUCACGUGGGCAAGACCAUUGUGUGGGAGGGGAAGGAUGAGAAGGAGGUUGGCCGUUGCAAGGAGACUGGGGUGGUCCACGUGAAGGUGGACCCUAAGUACUACCGUCCUACUGAAGUGGAAUACCUGCAAGGUGACAGCACAAAGGCCUUGACACACUUAGGCUGGAAAGCAAAGAUCACGUUUGAGGAGCUGGUGAAAGAGAUGGUUGAUGCUGACAUUCAACUCAUGAAGAAUAAUCCAAAUGCAUGAAACCCCGUCCUUUAAAUGAACACAAAGAUGAGGGAUUCCCAGAGCACUCCAGAUCAACAGGCACUGUCACUACACUUCACAUACUGUGGUGGCUAUAACUUGCCUGGACAUCAUUGUUUUCUGACCUUGGUGUCACAUUUGAAAUGUAAUUGUAUUGUUUCACCUUAUGCUAUGGUGAUGGAAACUAUUCUAUGCCUUUUUAAUUGUGAUUCCUUUUUACCUCACUGAUCAUGUUUUAGUAUAUUGUGAUAUUUGUUUUUGA